AUGAAGAUGGAGUCUCUGUUACCAUAUUUCACAGCUCAGGGCAGCUCCAGAGUCGGCAUGUUCAACACAGCUAUGGGGAGGUUACAGCGGCAACUCUACAAAGGAGAAUAUGAUAUAUUCAAGUAUGCACCGAUAUUUGAGAGUGACUUCAUCCAGAUCACCAAACGGGGGGAAGUGAUCGACGUGCACAAUCGGGUCCGAAUGGUGACCUUGGGCAUCGCGUGCACCAGCCCCGUUCUUCCACUCCCUGAUGUCAUGUUACUGGCCCGACCAGUCCCAGGCUGCGAGAACAUUGCUGGAUGUGGCCAGGCCACCAAGGGCAGAAACCGCAAGGCUGCAAAGACCUUGGAGCUGACGAGGCUCCUUCCCUUGAAGUUCAUGAGGAUCUCUGUUCACAACUGUGAGAAACAACAGCUGCGCCUGAAGUUUGCCACUGGCCGUUCUUGUUACCUGCAGCUGUGCCCGCCUCAGGAAGCCCAGGACAACCUCUUUACCUAUUGGGAAAAACUGAUUUACCUCCUGAGACCACCUGUGGACAGUAACAGCAGUACCUAUGCCAUCCCAGCGGAGGACAUGAUGUACAUGCCCAUGUUGGAUGAAGAGACCAAGACUAGUCUGGCAGCUGCAGAUGCCCAAGGAAAGGGAGACCCAGACCAGGUCAGCAUCAGGAGCCUCCAUCUGGUCACAGAUGUGAGUGGGGUCACCUCUGCUGCUUUUGUUGGUGGGGAGGGAAGCCAUCAUGAUUCCCAGAAAUCCAAUAUCAUGCCCAGUGGAUCCAUCACCAAAACCAGACCUAAAGACCUUGCCAAAGAGUUGCCAACAGGGACAAGAGUGGUGACAGGGGCAGGGAGCAAAGCAGGCACUCUGAGCUUGGUGGCACCCAGGUCUCUAGGCUCUGGACAGAUAAACACUGCAGGAGGGGUUGCCAUGGGUGCAAAAGGAAGCAAAAGCCAAGUGACCAUUGCAAGUGCUGGCAAGACGUCCCCCAGAAGCAUUCAGGCCGCCUUGGCAGGUGCAAUGAGCAAAUCCUUGGAGUACAUUUCCAGUGCGUCGACCAGCCUCUCCCAAAAAGACAGCAGAAGUGUGGUGGCUGCAAGAGCAGAAGCUACAAGCAGGUCUGUCAGAAAAGCAGCAAAUGAUCCAGCAGCAUUAGCUCUCACCUUGACCUUGCCAAGUGAAAGCCAUUCAGAUGGACAGAAUGGGAAGCAGAGGGCCUCUGAGGCCAGUGCCGGGGCCCAUAAGGACAAGAGGGAGAGAAAGGAGCGGAGAGAAAAAGAGAGAGCUGCUGGCAGGAGUUCCCAUAACCCCAAAGCAGAAGGUCUGCGCAAGGCAGCAGCAGAUAAGGCAGAUCGAAAAUCACCCAGCCACAGAGCCGCCCAAGAUGCUAAGGAGAAAGGCAGCCACAAAGACACCAAGCAUGGCAGUGGCCACAAAGGCAUCAGCCACGUCCCCAUCACAAAGGAGCUGCGGAACUCCCACAAGUCCAGACGGAACUUCUCCAACACCAGCUCUGCUUCAACAAAUAAGAGGCUCAGCAGGAUCAGCUCAUUCCUCAGGAACAUCAGAGUCAACCUGGCUGCCAGAGGCCUGGCCUCACAGCAAGGGUGCAAUGUGGACAUCAUGGCCAAGAAACUGGAGAGAACCGACAUGGAGGCCGUUAUAGAUACGGGACCAAAUGGCCAGGACCUGGACAUCAUUGGUUCUGUGACAUCGGAGGUUACAGAGUCAGUGACCUUUGAGGCUCAUUAA